AUGUUAAAUUCUUUCGAAGGAAAUACUCAAAAUGAAAUUCAGUCCACUUCGUUCCGCACGAAGAAGGUACAUACAAAUGAGUACACACAAGAUGGAGUAGCCAACAUAUCAAGUAAUCACUUUGCAAAAUACGAUGAACAGAUCAGCAUAGAUAAAGCUACUUCCAAUAGAAUUAGCUGUAGUAGCAGCUGCUGCGGAAACCGAAGUAGCGACUUCAGCGAGAGCCGAUGCAGCUACGGUAGCUCAAGUCGCGCCUCCAAUCGAGGCAAAAACCACAAGCGCAGAAAAGCCAGCGAAGGAAAUCACAAACCGAGCAGCGGAGACUCCAUAUGGGAAGGACUCCUAAAGAAAGAUGUCAUUCUCCUCCUAAUCCAAGCCAUAAAAAAUAUGGGUUAUAAAAAAUCAGCCAAACAUUUGGAGUUAGAAAGUGGCAUCGAACUGGAGCAACCAAUAGUGAAGGAAAUGCACAAGAAUGUCCUCUCAGGGAAAUGGAAAAAUGCAAUCAGUAACUUGAAAAGCAUACGUGUACAUAAAAAAAUCAUAAAGGCUAUUUCGUUCCUACUAUAUGAGCAAUGCUUUAUAGAGUAUCUAUAUGAAGGAAAGCAUUUUGCUGCUCUGAGAUGUCUAAGAAAUAAGCUAGCCAAGUUUUGCUUCGACGAGGAUACCUACAACAGAUUACACGAGUGCACAACUUUUUUUAUGUCCAUGAAUAGUACCCACUUGACAAAAAAGAGAAAAAAAAAUUACCAGACCAAGGUGAAGAAUUCACGUAAAUUAUUGUUUGAAAAAAUAAAUCGCUUGUUACCUGAACACGUUAUUCUUCCUCCGAGGAGACUAGCCAUUUUGCUUCAUCAGUCACUGAAAUACCAGGUUGACAACUGCUUGUUCCAUAAUAACUUCUCCGAGGUGAAGCUCAUAAGUGCGCUUCUGCAGAGGAAGAAGGGACGAGACGAGCUCGACGCCUCCAUCGAGGCGGGUGCCGCCAACGAAGCGAAUGCUGCAAAUGGAGUAAACGCUGCAAAUGGAGUAAACGUUGCAAAUGGAGUGAACGUUGCAAAUGGAGUGAACGUUGCAAAUGGAGUGAACGUUGCAAAUGGAGCGAACGUUGCAGACUCCGUGGACUCAGCCGAUCCGAACGCCAACGCGCAGAAAAUGACGCGAGUUCAGCCCACCACCCCUUGCAGCGCAGCGUGUAAAGCCAAAAGAUAUGAAUUUAAGAAGCAAAAAAAAUCGGAUUACAAGAACCAAGUGGACCAUGCCACCAACUCAUGUUUGAAUAAAAAAAAGAAUACCAAAACGGAGGAUGAACUGAACUUUAGUGUGAGCGACUUCUCUAGGUAUCACCAGAACGUGGGGGGAGAAUGCUCCUUGUACUACCACAAGGUGAAUCCCAAGAGUGGCCGUGCAGACUUGGCAGGGUCAGACGCCUAUGUCAGGCUAGACGACGCGGGAGCGGACAAGGGCAUUCCCUGCGAGCUUACCUCCAACGAGACGCUGCUAAACGAAGCGCUGCCGAACGAAACGGUGCUAAACGAAACGGUGCUAAACGAAGCGCUGCCGAACGAAACGGUGCUAAACGAAGCGCUGCCGAACGAAACGCUGCUAAACAAAACGCUGCUAAACAAAACGCCGCUAAACAAAACGCUGCCGAACGAGCCGCCGCCCGAUAAGCCAGGCAACUAUAUUAACACAACAACCCUCCUGUGGGACGAUGAACUCGUAGGGGAAAAUCAGUUUAACGUGACCAGUGACCAGCCCGUAAGAAAAAGCACAAAGCUCAAGUGCACGCUGCUACCGAGAGAAGCAGUGGAGGCGGGCUUCGCGCCAGGCGAGAAUGUCCACACGUCUCUCACGAGAGAAAGCACGAGCGACAGCGCGAAUGUCAGCGCGAAUGUUAGUGCUAAUACUGGUAUGAAUGCCAAGGUGACCAGCGCGACCACACUGUUCGCCAACCCCUUCCCUUGCCUGAAGGAAGCCAUCUUGAAAAAAGCCAAGUCCACGGCAUGCAGAAAGUACGCGAAGAUUGCGAGCAGCGGACCCAAAAUAUGCACCCUGAACGGAUCCACAAGCGAACAGCAGAAGGGAGAGGUCAUACUGGGGAAAAGUACAAGUGAGCUCAUUGUUGGAAAACACAAAAUACAGCAAGGAAGUAACAUAUCGAGUGCUAAAAAUGUGAUUAAUUUGAAUGACGGAUUUGUUAAUGCACAGGAGAAGGGAUUCGUAAUCCCACACGAUGGGGGAAAUGAAACUGAAGGAGGUACUAGAAAGGGGGACAGGGCAACCCUUGAAGGAUGCAACGGUGCAGAUGAGACACUGCACUUGCAAGCGGGUCAGGAUUACCACAACGUGCGUCAGGAGGGGAAACAUGAAGAAAAACAAAAAAAAGUGCGAGAGGAAAGAAAAAAGCAAAUUAACAGACAAGACGGGACCCAUAACGGCAUCUGUGAGGAGGCUGGAAAAAGAAAAACGUUUACCCUGUCAUUGCUAAAAAAUCACCAAUGUAAAAAAAUAAAGCUGCCAUACUAUUGUAUCAAAAUUUUGCAAGGUCAUAAGGACGAGGUGUGGUAUGUAAAUGUAUCGAAAAAUGGAAAGUACAUUGCCUCGGCAAGCAAAGAUAAGAGCAUAAUUCUAUGGAAGGGACUUUACCCAUUUAACAAACUAAGGGAAUGGAAUGGUCACGUGGAUGGAGUGAGUUAUGUCAUAUGGAGUCACAACAGUAAGUACCUAGUGUCCGGUUCUAACGACUCCAAUAUCAUCAUUUGGAGUCCAAAAAGUAAUAAAAAAAAAUUGAGCCUGACAAUGCACAACGGGCCUAUCACGUCGAUAUACUGGUCAAAAGACGAUUCUACGAUCAUAUCAUCUGCAUUCGACAAAAAAAUAUAUUGCACCAAGUUGAAUAAAGAACUGAAGGGUUUUUCAGUUGUCUACGCUUGGUCCUUUAGCACAAGGAUACAGAAUUUUGUUUUCACCAACAAUGAGAAAUACCUGAUUGCAGUUCCAUCAGAUAAAAAUGUACGUGUGAUAGAUUUUGCUAUAAAAAAGGAGCUAUAUAUUUUACCUGAAUAUGAUACCAUCACAUCUGUGUGUGCUUCUAGCUUGUAUAAUCAUAUCCUGGUGAACAUAGCUGAUCAGAGACCCACUGUAAAAUUAUGGGACGUGAAACAUAGGUAUAUUAUUCAGACAUAUCGAGGACACAAACAGGGGAGGUUCAUCGUACACUCCACUUUCGGGGGGAAGAAAGAAGAUUAUGUUAUUAGCGGCAGUGAGGAUAGCUUAAUUUACAUUUGGCACAAAACUAAGGGAUUUCUUCUAGAUGUGAUAAAUGGACACGCUGCCACUGUCAGCAUUGCUAUAUGGCCCCUCGCGAGCUCCAAGUUCCCCUACAUGGUAUCCGCCUCGGAUGACCACACCAUCAUGGUUUGGAACGUCCACCCCAAGGCCACGACCAUCCGCAGGGACUCCCGGAGACGACGGAAAAAGUUCAUCCACCCCUUCCUGCGCGAGCUCACCAAGUUUCGCCCGGUCGCGCGGUGA